UUCUUUUUUCUUUUGCAGACCUUUAGAAGGCUUCUGAUAUCUAAACUUCAAGAUGAAUUUGAAAACCGUGCCAAGAAUGUUGACCUCUUUGACAAACAUGACAACCCACUCACCUCUGAGGAGGAGGAGCAGCGUGCUAUUGCAAAGAUCAAGAUGCUGGGAAACAUCAAAUUCAUCGGUGAACUUGGCAAACUCAAUCUUAUCCACGAAUCCAUUCUUCACAAGUGCAUCAAAACGCUUUUGGAGAAAAAGAAGAGAGUCCAGCUUAAGGAUAUGGGUGAAGAUUUGGAAUGCCUCUGUCAAAUAAUGAAAACGGUGGGACCUAAAAUCGACCAUGAAAAGGCUAAGUCCCUCAUUGAUCAGUACUUUGGACGCAUGCGUUCCUUAAUGAACAACAAGGAAUUGCCGGCCAGGAUUCGCUUCCUGUUGCAGAACAUGGUGGAGCUGCGGGAAAAUAACUGGGUUCCUCGCAAGGCUUACGUGGACAAUGGACCUAAGACCAUCAACCAAGUUCGCCAUGAUGCAGUAAAGGAUCUGGGUGUGUUCAUUCCACCAUCCACUGAUGGGAUGAGAAAUGACUUCUUCCCAGACCAUAACUCCUUCCUGCCAACAAGGAGACCUGAAAGGGAGCCUCUUGGUGGGCUGGCUGACAUGUUUGGACAACUACCAGGUAUUGGCAUUGGAACUGGUCCAGGAGUUAUUCAGGAUCAUUACUCCCCUACCAUGAGUCGUCACCGGGCGAGCCCACUGUUCAAUGGCCAUAUGGGGAACGGCAAUGCCUCACACCAGCCUCAGUUUGAGCCAGGAAUAAAACAAUACAUGAAGCCAAGUCAGGGACAGAAUUCGCCUGUUUUCAACCGUAAGCCCAACCACACAGGGCAAGUACAAUCGAAGGAUAUGGGUGCAAGGCUCAACAAGAAAGGAAAACUGAACGUCGAUGAGAUCAGUCUGAGGCCAGCUCAGUCGUUCAUUAUGAACAAAAACCAAGUGCCAAAGCUGCAGCCACAGAUGACUUUGAUGCCUCCAACAGGUUCUCCACUAGGACAGCUUGGCCUUAAAAAUAAUCCCCCUCCAAUCCAGGAAAAGCCAGCAAAGUCCAACAAAAAGGCUCCACCGACUAAGGAAGAGCUGUUCAAAAUGACAGACACACUGAUGAUCGACUAUCUGAAUGGGAAAAACAUUGAGGAGGCUGUGAGCGCUGUAAAAGAAAUGAGGGCUCCGAAGUACUUCUUAUCUGACAUGCUGAAUAAGAUGAUCCUUUUCUCCCUUGAGCGGUCAGAUGAAGAUAAGGAAAAUGCCAGCAAACUGAUCCACGCUCUCUCCACUGAGGGCCUCAUCAGUCGUGACCGUCUCCUGCCUGCCUUUCUGCGUAUUGUAGAUCAGUGUCCUAAGAUUGAGGAAGAAAUUCCUCUGGUGAAAUCAUACCUGGCACAGUUUGCAGCUCGAGCUAUCAUUGCUGAACUGGCCAGCAUUGACGACCUGGCUCAUCAGCUGGAGAAUGGUGCACACUUCCCUCUGUUCCUGCUGUGCCUGCAGCAGAUGGUCAAACUGAAGGACCGUGACUGGCUGGGCGACCUGUUCCAGCAAAGCAGGGUCAGCAUGCAGAAGAUGCUUCCCGAAAUUGACCAGAACAAGGACAGGAUGUUGGAGAUUCUAGAGGGCAAAGGUCUCAGCUUUUUGUUCCCACUGAUGAAGCUGGAAAAAGAACUGCUGAAACAGAUCAAAGUGGAUCCUUCACCACAAUCGAUUUACAAAUGGAUCAAAGACAACAUCUCUCCUAAACUUCACACUGAUAAAGGCUUUGUCAAUAUCCUUGUGACCAGCCUCCUGCAGUACAUUUCUUAUGAGACAAACCCAGAUGAUGACGAAGAGCAGCUUGCAGCACCCAGCAAGGAGCAGCAGGAAGAGGAGAAGCAGCUUCUGCUGUCCUUCAAACCAGUUCUGCAGAAGUUCCUGCAUGAUCACAUUAAUCUGCAAGUCAGUGCGCUGUAUGCCCUGCAGGUCCAUUGUAACACCAAGGGUUUCCCAAAAGGCAUGUUGCUGCGCUACUUUGUGAAUCUUUAUGACAUGGAAAUAGUUGAAGAAGAAGCCUUCCUCUCAUGGAAAGAAGACAUCACAGAGGAGUAUCCAGGGAAGGGGAAAGCAUUAUUUCAGGUGAACCAAUGGCUGACAUGGCUGGAAACAGCUGAGGAAGAAGAGUCUGAGGAUGAAGAUGACUGAUGACAAAGGCCAAAGCCAUGUGUUAUAACACAAUGAAUUAUAUACCCCACCCAUCCUUAUCUUGUCCUCUCUUUAGUUGCAAAUGUUACUAGUCCUUAAGGUGUUUUGCCAAAUGAAACUGGCUUUAUCUUACUGUAUGUACUUCCUAGUGUCUGUCCUAUUUGGUGUUCUGCAGGGAUGUUUAGUGCAUUUCAGUCUUGGGCUUGUGUGUGAGUAGGCAGUAUUUCUAAGGAAAAUGUCUCAAUCAACCUGCUUUGUUGCCCUUCUCGUCAGUUACAAGUGGGACUUCCUUAAACUGUUUACAAGAAUAAGACCAAGAUUUUUAAUUGUAUCUGCUUUUAUAAUUCAGUUUAAGAUGCACUUUGCUUAACAUCUGAGUUGUUGCAAUAGUGAAAUUUAUUAUCCUUGAUUUUUCUUUUUUAAAUUGCUUUGAUUGGAUAAUUAUGGGCCUUAGUUACCUUAAAUUUUCUCAAAUCGUAAUCUGGAAUGAACUUGUGGUCAAUCUUGCACAUGAUCUCAUUCACCUGAAUAAAAUCUUUUCAAUAGAAAUUUUCUUUAGAAUAAA